AAGCACCUUAUGCCUGUACGCGUUAACUGAUAACGAAGCACUUUGUAAACGACAGAUGUUCAUAGAACACAAUUAUCACAAAGGUACAACAGACAGUGGAUCAUGAUGAAGACGAUGUUUGUAGCCCUACUACUAACUCUACUAGUUUAUGGAGCGAAAAGCACCAGUCCUAUGCAUUGUGAAGGUCCGUGUGAAAAGAAUUCAUGUCCAAUAGAUGGCAGCAGUUGUCAAUGCGGUACUUACAAGGAUGAAUGUGGAUGUUGUGACUUCUGCAUCGCUUGUUCAGGACAAAAGUGUAACAUCUUAUCUGGCCAACGCUGUGAAGGUAAACAGAUGUGCAAACCACCCUUAGGGGCCUCUUUUGUGGACGUUCAUACAGGAAAAGUUUCAGGCGUGUGCCAGUGAAAAAGAAUAUACUUGUAAAUUAGACAUGGGCAUACAGUAAUUUUUCAUAAAUUUUGAUCUCAAACAUAUUUCUAAUAUUUGUAACUGAAUAAAUCAAUAAAUACAUUCUCUGUUUA